UUUUUCUCCAUCUUCGCUUUCGCCACCUGCGGCGGCUUCGAGGGCUCCGUCACCUUCAGCGUCACCUGCGCAGGUGGGGACAACGCCACGCGCGUGACCAACGUGACGGCCGCCUACGGGUACCCCUUCAGGUUGAACCAGGCCGUGUUCCAGCCCUCCCUGACUCACCUGUGCAACCACACCUGGCCGCGGGACGUUCACCUGGUCGGCGAUUUCUCCUCGGCCUCCAGGUUCUUCGUGGGCGUGGCCGUGGGCGCCUUCCUGUACAGCCUGGGGGCGCUGGGGCUCUACCUGGGCUACCUGCACCUGUACAGGUGCGCGGGGUCGCACCUGCCCCUCCUGGACCCCAGGACCUGCUGCUCUCCUGUCUCGGUGCCGCUCUCUGGCUCGGCGCCUCCUGUGCCUGGGCCCAGGCGCGGCCACGUGCGCAGGGCGGCGGCCGCGCCCCUCCCCCACUGCCCCGCCCCCGGCGUCACCUGCGCGCGCGCGGCCACGCCCAUGGGGGGGCUGGGCGCGUCCGUGGCCUUCGGGUUCCUCAACCUCCUGCUCUGGGCCGGCGGCUCCUGGUUCGUCUACAAGGAGACGCCUCUGCACCGCCCGGCCCCGCCCCCCGAGCCCAGCCCCGCCCCCAUGUGACCACGCCCCUCCCCAACACUUUUGUAGCCGUGCCGAUUUUGGGGGCGGGGCUAAAGAUUGGGGGGGCGGGCCGGACGUUGGGGGAGGGGCUUUGUGCG